AUGACUGCAUUCAUUCUACCCGAUCCACUAUCAUCUCCUUCUUAUUCUGUGGCGGAUACUCUAGCUCUCACACCUCUCUCGAUGAUAUCCCCACUAUCCUUGUCGUCACCAAUAACUUACAAUGAUUCAUGCUCAUCAAGUGACGUAGAUGAUAUUGAGAAUCUCGUGGAUUUGAUGGAAAGUCUACCUACAGAGAUAGUCGAUCAGAUAUGGUCCUAUGUCCUGUUGAAUCCGAUACGUUCAUGUCAAUUAUCCACUAUGUGUUCGUGUCGACCUGCAUACAAUCACAUCAUCAAAGAAAUAUAUCAACAUGUCGAUCUGACAUCUUCGAAUGCCCAAUCAUACUUCUACGGAUUGGGAACAUCAUUCUCAGGCGUGAGUUCACCUGAAGAGAAUUGGCCAGUAAGUGGCCCAGGUAUAAUACCUCUCGAUCUAAUCGGAUUGUCAUAUGAUCCCUCCAAAGAGGUAUCAAGUUUCAUAAGGAAAUUUACGUUAUGUAAUUUAGUCGAAAGUUUGACGAUAUCAGAUCCGACCGCAUUCAAGAUAUUGUUGAAAGCUGCUGGAGAAUGUUGGAAAUACGGAAUGGAUACAUGGAGAAAUAGGGUUUUAUUCGAUCAGAUAGACUCAAUCUCUCUCAAAUCUUCUAUAUUCACUGAAUUAGACAAUGAGCCGUUGCUGUGGAGGAACUUGUUAAAAGAAAUCUGGAAUGUGAUCAAAGGUGAUUGUGUCCAAUUACACUUUCCCGAAGAACCACUUAAAGAAGAGACGUAUACGAUGGCUAUCAAAGCUUUAGGCUCACCUUCAAGUCUAGGUCAAAAGAAUAGACUUUUAGAUGAAGUGGUGAUAUAUACACCGCAAUUAGACGGGAUAGAUUUGAACGAAAUCGGAUGUAGUAAAGUUAUAAUCCAUUUGAUAGGUUAUAAUAACUGGAUUGGAUGUGGAGAGAAAGUUCAUCAGCAUCCUGAUUGUUGGAGUCAAGAAGCUCAACUAAGAAGGUUUAUCAGAAGACAUUGGCUGAUGGGUAUCGAUAACACCGAGUACAUUGGAAUCCCACUUGAGGUAGAACAGGUCCAGAUACACAAUGUCGCUCUAUAUAAUAGAAGAACGUGUAUCACAGGUAGACUUUCUCAAAGUUCACUGCAGACGUUGAGUCGUGGUAUAUCACACAUCCGGAAUGAUGAAGACGAAAUGAAAUCAAUGCCUACUGUACUGUAUGGUGCAUUGGAAGGGGAUGAACAAUUAGCUGAGGACGUAGGUCAGAAGUUAGCUCUGUAUGGUUCGAUGUAA